CCCAGACUGCUUCCGCCCGCGGGGUCCGGCUCAGUAUCCGGCGUCUGGAAGGUGAAUGAGGCCUGUGCGACUUAUGAAGGUGUUUGUGACGCGCAGGAUCCCCACCGAGGGCAGCGCCGCGCUCGCCCGGGCCGCAGACUGUGAGGUGGAGCAGUGGGAUUCCGAUGAGCCCAUCCCCAGCAAGGACCUGGAACGGGGCGUGGCCGGGGCCCAUGGCCUGCUCUGCCUCCUCUCUGACCGCAUAGACAAGAAGCUCCUGGAUGCCGCAGGAGCCAAUCUCAAAGUCAUCAGCACAAUGUCCGUGGGUGUCGACCACUUGGCUUUGGAUGAAAUCAAGAAGCGUGGGAUCCGUGUGGGCUACACCCCAGAUGUCCUGACAGAUGCCACGGCCGAACUCGCCGUCUCCCUGCUGCUCACCACCUGUCGCCGGUUGCCUGAGGCCAUCGAGGAGGUGAAGAACGGCGGCUGGACCUCGUGGAAGCCCCUGUGGAUGUGUGGCUACGGCCUCACACAGAGCACCGUUGGCAUCAUCGGGCUGGGGCGCAUAGGCCAGGCCAUUGCUCGGUGUCUGAAACCAUUCGGUGUCCAGAGAUUGCUUUACACAGGGCGCCAGCCCAGGCCUCAGGAAGCAGAGGAAUUCCAGGCAGAGUUUGUGUCCACCCAGCAGCUGGCCGCUGAGUCUGAUUUCAUCGUCGUGGCCUGCUCCUUAACACCUGCAACCAGGGGGCUCUGCAACAAGGACUUCUUCCAGCAGAUGAAGAAAACGGCCGUGUUUGUCAACAUCAGCAGGGGAGAAGUGGUGGACCAGGACGACCUGUACCAGGCCCUGGCCAGUGGUCAGAUUGCAGCUGCUGGACUGGACGUGACAACCCCAGAACCACUGCCUACAAACCACCCUCUCCUGACCCUGAAAAACUGCGGUUAUUUGUGACUUCCAAAAUAUGGAUGUCUCCUACCCGGUCAGUGCUAGACUGGGGAUCUGAAAAACUCCGGUCGCUGCUCUCGGGGCUGAGGUCUAUCUUCUCGGCACUGACCACCACUCCCUCCACCUCCACCGAUUCGCUGCCUUCCGCUUGGGAGGUCACGUCGCUCACUUCAUCCUGAGGCUCAGGAGAGCUCAAGGGCUCAGAUUUAACCACCACUCUCAUGUGCUCCUUCUCACCAAGGCCAGCCUCAGGGUUUUCGCACUGAAAACCACUUUUCUCAGGUGUGGCUUCCUGCUCAAAACUAGCCUCGACCUGAGUGGCGCGGGAGGCCAUGGAGAGCUGGGUCACGUUGCCGGUGCUGUUGUCGGACUGGCUGGGCACCUGGGCAUCUUCUUGAGCACCAAAGGGCCGGUCAAAUAUGAUGGCGCUGUCAUCCUGGGUGUCGGUCAUCCCGUCAGCUUUAGGGUUAUCCACGAUCUUCAGAGAAUCUGGUGAAAAGAACUCCUCCCGAGAAUGAACCCCCGGCCCAUUCUCUGGCGUAACGUCGGAGAUGGCAGACUCAUCCAGGGUGGGUCGGAGCCGCUGUCUGGCCCGCUCCUCUGCAGACUGCUUGCGCUUAUGCAGGCGUCUCAUGGGGAAGGGUGUCCGCUGGUCCAGGUUACUGCGCAUCGAGGAGCUCAUGGGGGCCGGCUGCUCCUCACCACUCUGGCUGGAAUUGAGGGCUGAGCUCACGAUGCUCAGUCCCAGCUGCUGCAGCAUAAAGGAGCGCUGCAUGCGGGCACUCUGCUCCUGAACGCGCUCGGUGGGGGGAGACAUGGGCAGCGUCCUUGUCGUUAGGUAAUGUUUACAUGCCUUAACAACAGAGUUCAAGUGCAGGUGAGAGGCUGCCAAUAAGACAUCCAUAACAUUGCUCUCCCCCAGCAUGAGGGUGGAGGUAUACAUCAUGUCAAUCAGUGCGGCAAAGGCCUCCGCUGUCACUACCUCGCUAUCCAACUGGAUCAUGUUCAUGGUCUGAUCUCCCUCUGCCACAGAGAACAGGGCUCGGAAAUGUGUACUGCAUGCUGCUAGUACCGAGCGGUGGGCUUUGAAAUGUCUGUUCCCCACUACAAUGACACAAUCACAGAGCUGGCCGUGAAGUCUCUGGUAGUUCAGCUGCUGGAAGAUCUGUUCAAAGUGGCCAGGAAAAUCCAUGAUCCUAUUAAAAAAAAGAAAGUGUUAAGACGCAGAAGAGCUUAAGUCAAAGGGCACAGAGGGUGUGACGACAAGAGAGGCAUGGGGACUUCCCUGGCGGUCCAGUGGUUAAGACUUCGCCUUCCAAUGCAGCGGGUGCGGGUUCGAUCCCUGGUUGGGGAGCUAAGAUCCCACAUGCCUCGCAUCCAAAAAACCAAAACAAAAAACAGAAGCAAUGUAACUAAUUCCAUAAACACAAAAAAUGGUCCACAUCAAAAAAAAAAAAAUCUUAAAAAAAAAGAGGGAGGCAUGAAUGACCAAGCUUGGACCUUUCAAAGCUCGUGAUGUUUCUGAUGGUGGGCACGCAGACUAAACACCUGUCCAAUAAGGAGCAAAUGCUGAUUCGGCCAACAGCCCUGGAAGCCUGCACACACACACAGAUCAGCUACGGGCUGUUUACAGCCUCCCCUUCACCCUUACAUGACCCACUUUUAACACUUAGGGUCCAUGUUAGAAAAGACCAGUGUGUGGGUGAUGCAACAUCUAUCUAUACCUGAGAAGUCAGAGUUCUGCACUCCCUGAGGACAAUAAAUAAACUCCGAGAAAUUAUAAACAGUCUUUUAGCAACCUUAAAUAAAUAAAAAGGGCAUAUCAAUAUUAGUGGGGAAGAUUUCCAGUUAUAGAUGGUAGUAGAUUGCACUCAUGCAUUUACCCUCUCCACCCUUAAAGUUUUUUGGUUUUGUUAUUGUUUUAAAGGUAAAAACCCACAAGGGAAAAAAGAAUGGGAAAGAAAUAUCAAUAGCAUUUUGGAAGCUGGUGAGCAGGUUAACGAAUACAUGCUGACUGACUUAGCAUGCCCAGAAAGCUGAAUCCUAAACUGGCAGUGGCUAAAACAACCUGACAUAUAUAAACCCCCACCCACCCAGAGGCUCAGAACUGGCUGCCAAGGUGCCAGGGGAAGUGGAGUGAAGAUGAUGUCAAGACAAGGGGACUGGCUGGAAGUCUAUUCGAUAAAAAAAUAAUCUAAUGGACGUUCCACACCUGUGGCACAGAAAAGGUAAAGCUGUAGAGACAGAGAGUAGAUUAGUGGUUUUCUGGGACCGGGGUUGGGCUUGGGGCAGGACUGCAAGUGGGAAGAGGGACUUCUGGGGGCAUGAUGGAAAUGUUCUAAAAUUGGGGUAUGAUGAUUACACACCAAAUUCUCUAAAAAUAUUUGAACUGUACACUUAAAACAAGGAAUUUUAUGGUAUGUACAUAGACCGCAAUAAAGCUCAAUAAAUUAAACUUCAAAAAAAAAAAGAAGAAAAACGAGAUGAACAAGCUCCAAAACCAUCUGCUCAGACUCCAUUUUCACCUGUAGGGCUUCUAUACAGCCAACCCAACCGACUGCUUAGAACAUCACAUGUAUCUUUGAUGAUACUACAGAAUUACUAGGUUUUUCUCCCCCUUAGGUGUGAUAACGGCAUUCUGAUUUUUUUUUCAAGAGUAGUUUUUAAAGAGAUAACAUACUGAAAUACUUACAGAUGAAAUGACAUGAUGUCUAGCAUUUGCUUCAAAAGCUUAUUUUUUGUACAUUUGAAAUUUUUUAUAAAUGUUAAAAUUAAAAAAGGGAAUAAAGAAGAGACCGCAUGGACUAUGGGUGGAUCACUUUCCAAAGCUGAGUUUGGAAUCAUUACAUAUCUACAUUUUCAUCUCUUGGACUCAUCAGAAACAAGAACUUGCUUGUCCUCUCCUAAGAAACUGCUACACUUCCUAGGAACUACAGGACUGCUGAUUCAAAGUCUAACUCCUUGACUAGUGCUCAUGACACACUCUCAUUGUAUGGUUAGAAAACAGGGUCAAUAACCCCCAAAGUGGCGCUGCUCUGUGCCUUCUGCCCACAGACUGUAGAAGCUGAAGGAGCCACAAAGUUUAAAACCCUGUUUUAUCCUCUCCAGCGAAGGAACCUCUGGUCCUCUGGGAGGGAGGGAGGCAGAAUCUAAUGGUUACACCCCAGGAUACAAACACAUGCAGAUAGACAGUCGUGCCUGGCACUAGAGAUAAAAUGAUCAACAAGACAGAUCCAUCUCUGCCCUCAGGGGUGACAGACUAAUCAACAUUCAAAUACAAUAAAGUAUUGCAAGUGCUGUGGUAGGAAGUACAAGGUGCUACAGGAGACAAAGAAAGGGCGCCUGCCUCUGACGGGCUGGUGGAGGGGGUGUGGAAAGCCUCUUCGGGAAAGAAGCCAGCAGUCUCCUGCUGGGCUCUGGUGGCUGAACCAGAGAAACUCUGUACUCAGGACACGAGGCUGGGACGAGCUGCUACAACCCACAGCUGGAGCAUGAAGUUAAAGUCCGCACUAGAAGGUAAGACAUUCCACCCACCCCACCCACCAAUAGAAGACUAGCAGCCCAGGGUUCAAAUACCCAGGGAAUCCCUCCAACAGACCACUUGGGUCCCCAUCAAACUUCCCUACAGUGAAGCCCACCAGUCCUCAAGGCCCAUUCACUCAGCUUCCAAUCAGUCAGGAAGAAGCACCACAAACUGGAGGGGAAAAAUCCCUAACAUUGAAACCGAGUGCGGCCCUAUGGGGAUCCCAGGCACGGAGGCUUUUUUGUCCCCCACUUCUUGUAGGCAAAACUCCAGCCUCCAUGACCUUCCCUGAGUUCCAAAGGGCAGAUUCGGAACAGUUGCUAAUCAAGGGAGGAGCAGGUAAGAAACCACCUGAGGCAAGAUUAAAGGGACCGGAGAAGAUUAGGAGACCAUCUGAGACCCUGCACACAUCCUAAUCUUGUCAGCAAUCUCAUCCUUUUGAAACUCUGCAGAAGAAGAAUGCAAGACUGUUACUGCCUUCGUCCUUAUUGCAUACCCCUGACUAUGAGCCCCGACUAUAAGACCUCUCCCUAUUCCCCAGGGAGGGGAGCACAGUUCUUGAGGUGCUAGCCUACUGUGUUCCCUCUUCGCCUGGCAAAGAAAUAAAGGCACUCUUUCUUUCUCCUCCAUAACUGUCUCAGUAUUUCUGUACAGCAUCGGUGCACAGACAGCCAAGAUUUUGGCAACAUGAAAGAGCCCUAAACAAACAAACAAAAAGGCAUCUGGAAGAAACAGAACUAAGGGCGAAAAACACCUAUAAUUAACAUCCUCAGACAGCUAAGAUACGAUAUCCAUGAAACAGGAAGAGAAUGUUUUUAAUUUUUUUUGAAAAGAAAUAUUCCAGAAACAAAAAAAAGUAUUGAAGUUUAAAAUUGCAAAAAAAAUUUUAAGUUACUAGAAGGGUUGGAAGAUAAUAAUAUGGCUGAGGAAAUGUCACAGACAAGGCAAAGGAGAAAUAAAAGUGAAUGAACAAGAGAAAAAAAGAAUUAACUAAUGAAGCCCAAAGUCUGAAUACAAAAAGAGAAAAGACAGAAAAUGGGGAGAAUGAUAAACAACAAAGAAUAAUUCUCAGAACUGAAGAAGUUACUUAUUCACACUAAAAAGGUCCACCAAGUGCUCAGCAAUAUGAAUGAACAAAUCCCACACCUGGCUCAUUACAGUGACAUUUUAAAACACCUGGGAUAAAGAUCUGGAAAGUUUUAAGUGGGGGGAGUUAACAAAGAAGAGUUAACAAAGAAUCAGGAAUAAAACUGGCAUUAGACUUCUCGAAAGCAAUACUGGAAGGUAAAAGGUUCUUUAAAAUUCUCCGAGAAAAUUACUUCCAACUUAGACCAUACCCAGCCAAACAUCAAUUGUAAGGGGAGACUACGGCAUUUUCCAGACAAGCAAGAACCCAAAAGUCUACCUCCCACAUAUCCCUUCUCAGGAAGCUAUUAAACCUUGUGCUUCAGGAAGCUGGGAAUAAACCAAGAAAAGGAAGAUGAAGAAUAUAGGAAUUGCAGAUGCAUCCUAGAAAACAGGCAAAGAGAAUUUGAAAGAUGAUGCUGAAGCCCGAAGUGAGAGCUAGGCAGCAGGACUGGGGAGCAGACUGGAGCAGGAAUAUGAGGGACUCCAAGGAGUUCCCCAAGGGAAAAAAGGAAUGGAGAGAUCACAUGACACAGUUGAGAGUGCUAAGAAGUUAACAGUUCCAUGAAAAUGUGAAGAUAGGUCAUAAAAAAACAAGAAUUUUAUUUUAUUUUAUUUUAUUUUUUUGCGGUACGCGGGCCUCUCACUGUUUUG